GACUGAAAUGAUAAAAUGGAUAAGCUGGAUUUUGGGCUGUAUAAACUUUUCGCUCGGAAUUUCAGGCCCACUAUGGCAGGCUUCAGUCUCCACCAACCGCCUUUUAACAACUGUUUAACUCAACCUAUACAGCCGACCGUUUUACCCGCCAUGAUUCUCGUCCACUCAGCCCGGCAUUUCUCGACCGUCCGAUUCAGUCAGCCCGAUCCGGCGGUCCGCAGGCUACGCUUCAGCGUGAGGUCGAGUUUGCCGUUCGGCACUGAGAAGGCCAAGUACCAUCGGGAGCUGGAAGCAGCCGUCGACGCCGUAGAGAGAGCUUGCGCGCUCUGCGUCGAAGUCCAAUCGUCUUUGCUAUCGAGUAAACGACGGGUUGUUGAAAAAAACGACCAGACUCCGGUCACGGUGGCGGAUUUUGGUGUCCAGGCCCUCUUGAGUUUGGAGCUUGGUAAACGCUUCCCUUCCAUUCCCUUGGUGGCGGAAGAAGACUCUGCGUUUGUACGUUCAAAUAAUCUAGUAGGGUCAGUUUUCGAUGCGGUUAUUAGCAAGAGCAGCCAUGGAGAAAACCCAUGGACGCCUGAUCAUGUAUUGGAAGCCAUUGACAGAGGAGGCCAGGAUGGUUCUACUUUCGGAGCUCAGCCGGCCACGUAUUGGGUACUGGACCCAAUUGAUGGCACACAAGGAUUUGUGAAAGGAAAUCAGGCGUUGUAUGUGGUAGGUUUGGCUCUUGUAAUUGACGGACAGAUUGUAUUAGGUGUCAUGGGCUGCCCGAACUGGCAGAAUGCCGUAUCCAACAAAUCCACCUCUGAAGUCCAGGAAGAAAAAAACACUCCACCUGGAUCAGGGAUUAUUAUGGUUGCUCAUACUGGGUGUGGCACAUGGACAAAACGCCUGUCAUCUGUGCUAAAUCUCACAGCCAAAAUGCCUUAUUCUUGGACGCAAUGCUUCGUUGAUGAAUGUUGCAUGGUGGAAGAGGCACGCUAUUCUAUCAGAGCGAGUGAUGCAUGGGAGUCAUAUCCGCUGUCAACUUUGUUCACCUCAACAACUAGUGCUGAUAGCAUUGUUGAGGGUCAAAUUCUUCUUGUGAAAUCUUGUUGUGGAAGUUUAUCCAAGUAUAUAAUGGUGGCUUCAGGCAGGGUAUCUCUUUAUAUGCAGAAUGUGAAAGUUCAAAAAGUUACCAAGGCUUGGGAUCACGCUGCUGGUAUUAUAUGCGUGUAUGAAGCAGGGGGAAAGGUGACUGACUGGAAGGGAGAUCAAAUUAAUCUUGCAGCAGAUCAACUUGGACGGAGGAAUAUAUACCCUUCUGGUGGUAUCCUUGUGACAAAUGGCAACUUGCAUAACCGGCUUGUAGAGAUGAUAUCUUCCAAUUCGUCCACUGUUUCACGGUGAUUACUAUUUCAAAUAGGUAUUUAUAUUUUUGUUUCAAUUUGAUUGUAUUUUUUGAAAUAUGGCAAGAAACUCUUCGGAAUGCCAUAUGACAUUAAUUCUUCAUGUGCACUUUUGUCCCGUAAAAUUAUCAUACACAAUUCUUUUCCGGCUACCGGAUCCCAGUGUAAGAGAAACCAGGUUCUUUACAAGUCAAUGUAAUAACCAUACUUUCUAUUAGAAGCAGAUUUCAGUUCC